AUGCAUGUGAUGAUACCUCGUCCCGAGACGCCGUGGAAAGCAGUCGGCCGCUCAAGUGGUGAUGCUUUGGAUGUGAGGUACUCGAUGAUUAUCUUGGUCAGCGGGUGUUCGCUGCCAGGUUCGGCCGACCCAGCUAAGAGAAUGAGUUUCUUGGAUCGUGCCGAUGAUGGCGCAGCUUUUGAAGGCUCGCCACCUUUGAUUGACAUGCCAUGCUCAGCGCCAACACCCAUUCUGACCAUGACUGCCGUUAACGUGGCUAGUCUCAAUGCACAUGGGCAAGCAAUCUCGAGCGUCGGGAUACCAGAGUUGGACGCAAAUAUGAAUUCACUGUCCGUGGAUGGAAUCAAGCUCGAUGGAACGAAUCACCUCAAGAAGACAUCGGAUGAACUAGGCUGA